AUGAUUGGCGCUGUGGCAGUGGCGAACUCGCCUGUUUUCACGCAGUCGCCUAGGGUUUCUGGAAUCUUCUGCAAGUCCACGUGUUCGUCUCCGGUAAGCCUGGGCCGUCACGGACAGUCAUCGCCACCGACGCCGUCGGAUUUGAGAUCUUCCUCUUCUCCGUCGUCCUCGGCGUCUCCGUUAACGCCUCUGGCGAUUUGCCUGCAGAGGCAGGUGAAGGAUGGGCUGGCUUGUACUUCUUCUCCGCUGUCUGCUACUACGUCGUUGUCUGCUUCGCCGGCGCUUCUAAAGAGGAAGAGGCCCCCAAGGAUCAACAUUCCGAUUGCUCCCUUGAGUUUUUCGGCGGUCGAGACGCCGGCAGCUGGGGAUAGAUUGAACGAGGUGGAGUUUGAGGGGGAGGGGUAUUCUGUGUACUGUAAGAGAGGCAAAAGGGGUACUAUGGAGGAUCGAUAUUCCGCCAAUGUUAAUCUUCAAGGAGAUUCUAAACAGGCUUUCUUCGGUAUCUUUGAUGGGCAUGGUGGAGCAGAAGCUGCUGAAUUUGCAGCAAAGAACUUGGAUCGGAAUAUUAUCAAUGAGGUAACAAGAAGAGGUGAACAGGAAGUAGAAGAGGCAGUAAAAGAUGGUUACCUUACCACUGAUACAAAAUUUAUGAAAGAAAAUGUUAGAGGUGGUGCUUGUUGCGUCACUGCAUUGAUCCGUCAAGGUGAACUUAUUGUUUCAAAUGCCGGUGAUUGUCGCGCUGUUAUGAGUCGGGGAGGAGUAGCUGAGGCCCUCACAGUUGAUCACCGGCCCUCUAGGAAAGAUGAACGUGACAGAAUUGAAACCAAUGGAGGCUAUGUGGACUGUUACCAUGGGGUUUGGAGGUUACAGGGGUCUCUUGCUGUAUCAAGGGGCAUCGGUGAUAGACAUCUUAAACAAUGGGUGGUGGCAGAACCAGAGACGAAAAUAUUAAGCAUUACAUCUGACUGCGAGUUCUUAAUCCUUGCUUCUGAUGGACUCUGGGAUAAGGUUGGUACUCAGGAAGCAGUAAACAUCAUUCGUCCUCUAUGCACUAAUGUUAGUCACUUGGAGCCACUAUCUGCUUGUAAAAGGCUUACUGACUUGUCCAUAACACGAGGUUCCACUGAUGACAUAAGCAUCAUGGUGAUUCGAUUAGCUCAGUUUCUGCCCUAG